GACCCAUAUUGCAGGCUGUCGGUUGGUCUAGAAGGGUGUAGUGAGGAAUUUGCUAUAUUUAGCUAAUUUAGUUAGCUAGAGAUACAAUUAACCUGCAUUUAUUUUAAGAGUAACUACAUAGCUAGAAACGAUCACCAUGGAUGGUUGUGGGGAAGGCAGAGGGACCAACAGACUGAUGGUGGAAAAGCUAUCCUUGUCCUGUGAUAGACUGCUAUCUCACCUGCAGCUGGCCUGCUGUCCCUCUCACUGUGCCUCACCACUACAAGGCAAGGACCUGUUGAUACACUGUCUCCUGGACCCAGAGCUGAAGGCCCUGCGACUGACUGGUCACCAUGGAGACAUCUCUGCCAUGGUAUUUGGGACAGGUAGAGACCGUCUCCUGCUCUGCUCUGCCUCUGCAGAUUAUGUCAUAGUCUGGGACAUCCGGUGCUGCUACAGGAGAACUAGGGAGGGGGUAGUUGCGUCUGGUACAGUUAUUGGGACACUACUGGGCAAGGUAGUCCAUCUGUCAUUUUGUCCCUGUGAUGAGCGAGUGGCUGCAUGCUCAAGGGCGAAAGUAUACAUACUCAACUCCAAUAUAGAGGAAGUGUUGUCCGUGCUGGCUGGCCACCUGGGACCUUUGACAGCAGCUGAGUUCUGUCCAUGGAACAAAGACAUCCUGGUGUCCAUAUCAGAAGACCGCACAUUUAAGGUUUGGGGAUUAAAAAUGGAACAGAUUCUCUAUCAGUCUGCUGUAUUGUCAGCAUCUCCACUACUCAGUAUGUUGUUCUUGGAGAAGAGCAGGCAGCUUGUCACUGGUUCUGCUGAUGGACAGGUGUGGAGCUUCACUCUUCCUGAGGACCACAGAAGUCAUUUGGUGACCAAAUUGGACCUUCACAAGGUGCAACAACGACACCAAAGACACCUGGACACAGUGGCCCCACAGACUGGUGGUAUACUAGGAAUCACUCCAGACCCAGUGGAGACGGCAAAGCCAGUCCUCAGAAUUUGUGCUUAUCACAGGCGACUACCUGACAUUGAUCAUGGGCUGCAGAGCUGGGUGUGGAUUGGAAGCUCUGAUGGCCUCUACCUGCUUGACCUGGGCACCUCUGAGCUCCACAUGACACUACUUUUCAGAGACCACCCCAACUUGAGCAUCACCAUGGCUGGAUCAUGGGCCAUGUCCCAAGGACUGGAUAACAGCAUGAUCUUUGUGGUGACCUCUCUAUUUGAGGCCCUGGUGUCUGUAUUGGAGGUGAGACUGCUGGGGUCAGGGUCCGUGGACAACCUCUGUCAGCACCUGGAGGGGCUCUCCGUCAUGCCCAGUGCCCCUCUGAUGCCUGAAUCUCCUCUCAAUGCUGAGUGGAAAAAGAAGGGUCCUAAACCUCCCACAAAAACAGGGAAACGUGGUGUGAAGGAGCAGCCCCUAGUUUUCCACACACAGGUCAAGUCAUCAGGAUACACACAAUCUCCCCGAAUGACAAUGUUCUCACCCAAGACCAGUGUUCAGAAGAAGACCCCAGGACCUACAAAGACCAACAAGAAGAUAGGAUGUCUCGUUAGUGAUUACCCAGGAGACACUGCAGCACCCAGUGUCCCACACACUAACCUCAGCACAGUCAAAACCCCUACACCAGUUUACUGUACCCAAUACUCAGGAGAUGGAAAGCAGAUUCUGUGUGGUCUGGGAGACAGAUCUGUAUUGUUGUACAAGUCCUCCCUCACUGGCACUCCAGCUGUUUACACAGGUCAUGACAAGGCAGUGAGCAGUGUGGCCUGGAGUCACAGCAGACAGUGGUGGCUGAGUGCCUCAGAAGACAGGACCCUCCGCAUCUGGCCCACUGGAAGUCCUGAGCCUGCCGUUACCAUGGGGGGUGAUGAGAAGUUCUCCAAAACCAUCCGGGGGGCUCAGUUCUACUACCUGGAUAAGUUCCUGUUACUGGCAUCUGGUCCCUCCCUACACCUCUACCUGUAUCACCUGGACAACACACAGGACGACAUUAAAAGGUACCAGCAGAGGAGUGCCAUCAAACUGACUAGAUGUUUAGAGACAAAGUCAGGAACAGACAUCACUGCUGUGUCAGUCAUCAAUGACUUCUACUCCUACAUAGUGCUGGUGAGUGGUGCUGACCGCUCCAUCCAGGUGUUGGACAUGAACACAGGGACAGUGGCCUCACAGCUCCCUGAUGCCCACAGCAGAGCUGUCCAUCACAUCACACAGAACAAGGGCUCUAUGUUCAGUAGCCAGACUCCAGACUCCUACAACCUCUUCCUGACCAGCGCAGUGACUGACGGAGUUAAGCUGUGGGACCUGAGGACACUCAGGUGUGUGCGGCGGUAUGAGAACCACUUGAAUCGCUGUCAUCCCUGCACCGCAGCCUUUUCACCCUGUGGACGAUUCAUUGCUUCUGGCUCUGAAGACAACUGUGCCUAUGUGUAUGACAUCCGCAGCAGCAGCUACCUCCACAAGCUCGAGAGACACUCCGACACCAUCCUCAACGUGACCUUUAACCCUGCUACACCCGAGCUGCUGACCGGGACUCUGGACGGGAGGCUGAGUCUGUUCCGCCCUGGCAACGCCGCCAUCAGGGUCGCCCUGUCAUGACAACGGGCUGGUUCCCAUUACGACAGGCAAGCGCAUUCAAACAUUUGAAAGAAAGCAAAUGAUAUAUGAACCCAGGUCUGGACCUGACGAUGACGCUUGUGUUAUUUACACCAUACUGUAAUGGGGACCAACGGGCCUCGUUAGCUAGAGAGCUUCCUUUUAUCCCAUUGGCUGUGAUCUCACAGUGAGGCUUUACAGAGGGAUGGAUGCCAGGGCCUGGAGAGUUACAGCAGUAUUACUGAGACCCAGGGGCCACAGUGACAUCACCAUCUGACUGCACCGCUCAGCAGCCUGCGAGUCUGACACGCAGACGUUACUACAUACUAACACAUCCAUCCACAUGUACAGAUGUAUUUACAUUAGAAUGGAGACACACACACACACACACACACAGACCUAGACAGAAAGAAAAGACUGGUAUGUUCAGUACAGUACCAUAUAUCACCUAUAUCCCAACAGUACAGUAGGUGAAAUUUGAAUAUUCAAGAUUAAACUGAUUUGAAUGCAUACAGAAUGCUUAACUGUUUUUGUGCUUCUUACUGUCCUUCUGCAUUCCACACUAGCAGUAGCAGUACGAGGAUUUCUUCCAUAGUUCUGGCAAUUAGGCCUACUGCUCAGAUAACAUAUUUCUCCCUCCCUCUCCCUGUUGCUGAUGGUUUGAACAUACGCUUAGUGUAUAAAACGUUAGGAAUGUCUUUCCAUGACAUCCAGGUGAAAGAUAUGAUCCCUUAUCGAUGUCACUUGCAACUCAAUAUCAGGAAGGUGGUCAUAAUGUUUGGUAUACUCAGCGUAUGGGGAAUGUACUGUUCUGUACUGUCUGGAUGGAACAAUAUGUACGGUGGAGACAGUCAGGGUACUGUAGACCGGAGGACAUCCACUAGUGUUCUUGGCCACUAAGAGGGAACCAAUAUGGCAUUCAGUUUUUUUAUAGACUUUUUAAGGAUUAGGCAAAAGAUCAAUAGUCGGGUCUCGGUUCCUGUCAAGCCAAGUUAGUUUCAGUAACUUGUAGGGAAAGGACAAGUGGUGGUGGAACUCAAUAUCGAUGUGAGGAUAACAGUUGAAGAGGUAGGAAACAUCUGGGAAGAGAGCCACAGGGGCCCACCUCAAUGACACGCUAACUGUAGCAUUAUCUCCCACACACACACAUACCCACACACAAAGGUUCUGGACUCUAGCUGGGCCAUGUCAAUCACAACGAAGAGGAACAGACCUAGUUUCUGCCCAGCAACAAAAACUGACUGAUUGUUUAUCUUAACAUACAAGGAGAGGAUCUCUGCCUAGUCGAGGGGUGUAAAUAUAUGCUGUGUGACUUGUAUGUUAUGUUAUGCAUUCAGUAUGGGUAAAUAAAUCUAGUCUAAGCUUCCUUUGGUGUCCGACUGGAUUUGUACCAGAACUUAGAACCUAACAGAACAGAUAGAAAAGUCUAGAAAGUGCUAACCCUGCCCAACUGGUGCUCUUGGCAUUUUAACACAAAUGCUUAAAGUAUUUGAAAGAUUUCGAAUUGUAUUUCAACCCAAGUCUGUUCUCAAUGCAAUGCAUAUUCUGACUGUUCCUAAUCAAGACCUGAACUAUCUAUGGCACUCAACCCCUUUACUUGGCAUGAGGCAGAGUCAGCGUUUUCUCUUGAUACUCUUUGUUUUCAGUUUUAUAGUGAGACAAUAACGUACCAGUGUCCAUCUUUUCAGACUUUAUAGCCAUCUGUAGUUCAUAGUGAAAAUGCCAUAAUGGGAUGACGAGUGAUCCUAUUCAUGCUUUUACUUGAUGCCCCAUGCAAAGACACUCUGGGGCAACACAGUGCUUUAUUCAUCUGAAGUAUCUUUAUAAGUAUGUUUUGUAAAUACAGUUUAUAAGUUCUGUAAGGUUGACAAGCAUCCUAAACUUGUUAUACGCACUCUAUCUUAGCUACAUCUAUAAAUACAACAUUUACUGGGAAUUUACGGGGGAACGGUAAAUGGGAUGGUUUGAAUAUUGUUAUAGUAAAUAGCUUACGGUAUGCCGUUGGAAAUAUAUUUAAACAAUACAGUAAGUAGUGUCUUAAUCAUGUUGCUAUCACUUUCAAGCACGGAACAUGGCCAGUAAACAACAUUAUACUGGAUGUACAGUUGAAGUCAGAAGUUUACAUACACCUUAGCCAAAUACAUUUACACUCAGUUUUUUCACAAUUUCUGAUAUUUAAUCCUAGUAAAAAUUCCCUGUCGUAGUUCAAUUAAUAUCACCACUUGAUUUUAAGAAUGUGAAAUGUCAGAAUAAUAGUAGAGACAAUUAUUUAUUUCAGCUUCUAUUUCUUUCAUCACAUUCCCAGUGGGUCAGAAAUGUACAUACACUCAAUUAGUAUUUGAUAGCAUUGCCUUUAAAUUGUUUCACUUGGGUCAAACGUUUCGGGUAGCCUUCCACAAGCUUCCCACAAUAAGUUGGGUGAAUUUUGGCCCAUUCCUCCUGACAGAGUUGGUGUAACUGGGUCAAGUUUGUAGGCCUCUGCUCGCACACGCUUUUUAAUCUCUAGGAGACAGAACGCGUCUCCUUCCUGAGCGGCAUGACGGCUGCGUAGCCCCAUGGUGUUUAUACUUGCGUACUAUUGUUUGUACAGAUGAACGUGGUACCUUCAGGUGUUUGGAAAUUGCUCCCAAGGAUGAACCAGACUUGUGGAUUUUUUUUCUGGGGUCUUGGCUGAUUUCUUUUGAUUUUCCCAUGAUGUCAAGCAAAGAGGCGUUGAGUUUGAAGGUAGGCCUUGAAAUACAUCCACAGAUACACCUCCAAUUGACUCAAAUGAUGUCAAUUAGCCUAUCAGAAGCUUCUAAAGCCAUGACAUAAUUUUCUGUAAUUUUCCAAGCUGUUUAAAGGCACAGUCAACUUAGUGUAUGUUAACUUCUGACCCACUGGAAUUGUGAUAUAAUCUGCCUGUAAACAACUGUUGAAAAAAUUACUUGUGAUAUUCACAAAGUAGAUGUCCUAACCAACUUGCCAAAACUAUAGUUUGUUAACAAGAAAUUUGUGGAGUGGUUGAAAAAUGAGUUUUAAUGACUCCAACCUA